ACGAAACAUUCGCUCAUGGCGACAGAGUUGCUAGCCACGUGGGGAAAGUUCUGCGGGCGCAUCGGCGUGCUAAGGCAUCCGUAAGAGCUUCGAGACACACGGAGAUACGUCGCCUGUCGUCGUCCUUGCGGCCCAGCGUGAUCCUUACCUUCCUGCGUUGAUUGUGACAUGCGACGCUGAAGCAGAGUGUUGGACUUUUUCAUACGGCUGUGAACAUAUUUAUUAACCAUACCCGUUACCCAACGCCAAGAUACUUGCAGUUUAAACGGACCUGGCGUACAGCUCAUGCCGCGGCCACUGGCAGACAACCUUUGGUCCGGGCCCGCGAGGCCAGUCCAUGGCCGGUCUGGGGCCGAGGGCGGCUGCUGUCACGCUUCCGGCAGCCGCGGCUCUCGCUCUUCUUGUCUCCUUCUUCCUGCUCAAGAGGCGCCGCUCCAGGAGGCCUUCUAACUCUGAGUGCUGCUCCCUCUCUGAAACCACAGCGUGCCUCCUCGGUAGCGACGACGACCAGGAGGAGGCCCACCUCCGGAGUGCGCCCGCGAGCAGCGGUGACCAGCAGGUGCUGAGGUCUUCGCCGCCGCCCGCGCCGGAUAGCAGUCCCCCGCCCGAGCCGUCCCCCGACAUGAGACUCCGGGACGGCAGCAAAGUGGGUGACGCGAAGCUCAAGGGCAGCAACAACAACAACAACAACCCCAAAAGUUCGCGGUGUUCUUCCGCGAUGGCCGCGACGACAAAGACUGCCGGUGGCUCGACGACGAAACCGCCGUGCUCGAACGCAACGAGCGGCAAGGUGUGCAAUGCGUCCCAACCAGCGCGGCAGCAGCAGCAGCAGAACAGCGUUGAUGUGGUUGUCACGUCGGCGGCGGCAGUGCGCGAGCAGCCGGCCCCCUGUGCAGUGCUGACCGUGGAGAUUCCCGAGCAGCCGACGUCGGUCCAGAGGCCCGAGGACGACUCGACGGUGGCGGUGGUUGAUCGGGACGCGUUGUGUGGGGCUAGUCCCAGCGGGUCGGUGGACUCGCUGCUCGGCCAGUCGUCGCCGUCGCCGCCGAGCUCGACGGUGUCGCCGGCUCGACGCGAGAGCGGCUCCGACCCUAGCUCGUCGCUCCUCGCGCGAGACGUGGCCGCGCUGUCGCUGGCUGAGCAGCAGCCCUCGACGGCAGACGCCGCCGCCGCAGACUCCUCCGAGAACUCGACGGAGGCGCCAGUGGACGAGGUGAUCGUGAGCGCAGUCGCGACGACUACGACCGCGCCCGCGCUGCCUGAUGGGCAGCCUGCAACGAGGCAAGACGACGCAGCGUCGCUCAGCGCCGCUGACGUCGUGCAAAACGAGGAGUCCGUGUCCGAGGACAAGAGCCAAGCACAGGCGCUGUCCUUCUCCGACGCACACAGCGAGCUAUCCCUUUGCAACACGGCGUCCUCAUUUGAAGCUGCGACUUACUUUUUACCAUUUCUGUGUGCUGUUGGCAAGGAAGAGACCACUAACGCUUCUGAGGGCUCCAGUGACAGUGGCAAGGGUGGCAGUGAUAUCCACGGCGGCAGUGAGGCAGCUGGUGGUGCUGGGAACCUCUCUCCCGAAGAGGAGCUGCCACGCACGUACGAGUUCGAGCUGCCGCGAGAACUGUGCGGCCGGUUUAUCGGCCAGGGUGGCCGUAACGUGACGGCCGUCAAGACGCGUUCCAACACCCGCAUAUAUGUGCAGCAGCAUCCCUUCUCCUCCAAGCUCAAGAUUUGCUCCAUUCAAGGCACAACAGAGGAGAUACGCACAGCGCUGGAGCUCAUCAGGAAGAAGUUUCCCCUGCAUGUCUACCCCAACCUGACAUUGAUCCAAGUGAAUGUGCAGCCCCUGCACUACCCAGGCACAAUCACGCUGCCAGAGACAUUACAGCUGCGCUUGCCCGAAGCUGUGACCUGUGAUGUGGUGCUCACGAGCAUGGUGACUGCGGGCCACUUCUUCCUCCAGCAGCCGACUCACCCGACAUAUCCCUCGCUACAACGGCUAGACCAGUGCAUGGCAGUGUGCUACGGCCAGGGCCUGGACAUUCCGCCUCUGCCCCAUCCUGUUGAAGCGGGCAUCAUCUGUGCGGCCCAUGUGUUGGGCGGCUGGUACCGUGCACUGGUCGUGGGGCCCUCGGAGGAUAGCAACGAGUGCGAUGUCAAGUUCCUCGACUACGGCGGCUACAUGACCCUGUCAACGUCGCUGCUGCGCCAGAUCAGGAGCGACUUCAUGAUGCUGCCAUUCCAGGCGUCGGAGUGCUACCUCGCCAACGUGCAACCUGCCGAAGAUGACAAUGUGUGGUCACCUGAGGCAUGUGCCACAUUUGAAGACCUGGCACAGGGCCAGAUCCUGCAAGCCCUGAUUGUUGGUUACGCCGACAACGGUAUUCCCCUUGUGCACCUGUACAGAGUCCAGGGGGUCUCGAGCGUGUUCAUCAACCGAGAGCUGGUCAACCGCGGCGUGGCCCGGUGGCUGGAACAUCCCCUCUGACCGCACACUGUCCGGGCCCCGGAAGUGGCUGCUGGCUUCCAGCGGCAGCGCCAUUGCCGGGGGCUCCGCGGACCAUGGGGGGCUGCUUGCUCAUUGCCAUCACUGCCGCAGGCGCAGUAUCGAACCACACGUGGUCAGUCGUGCCACCUGACGUGCCACCACACUGGUGGCCACACGCCAGACAUCAAGCUCCUUGAGGCGCCAUUCAGUGCAGUGUCACCUUCACCUCUGCACUUUGAAGCGGCCUUCAUUAAACAUCAUCAGUCAUCCGAAACAGUGUCACAUUGGUCACCACUGCAUUUCACGACAGCUCGCACCACUCUGCCAUGCUACGCAGUGCAUCACGAGGCUGACAGCUACGGCCAACACGGCGGGCCACACCCCUCCUCUGAACAACGGGUCACCGCGGUGCUCAACCCUUCGCACCGUGGACACUACAGCUCACGGCCUGCGAGUACUAGUAAUCAUCGAAAUCGGUCGGUUCGUAGGCAGGCAUGCCCACCGCCCUUCCACAGGGGGCCACCGGCACCCGACAGUCAGCGUGGUGCACAUGUCGGACUCUGUGCUCCCCGCAGGGUGGGUUCUGAAAACGCCGUCAGAGGGUCACGGAAUCAAAAUUUAUCUUCGUACAAGUCGUCCAGCACACCCAGAGUCGGGCAGCCAGGAACUUCCAAUUCUUACGCGUAUUCUAGACCGAGGUCGUUUACCGACCGGCCAUUCUUUCUAACGGCCCAGCCAAACUUUGGGAACUACGGCAGUCAGCAGUUCCUAUGGCCCAUGCCUGCUCCAAAGUCUAGGCUUCUUCUACCACCGUCGGGGCACACGUGGCUUUGACCUCGUGCCCUGGCCCAUUUCAAUUUGUAGAUGAGUGGAUGGCAGAGGUCAUCGGCUGUCCGCAUUGACCUUCUUUCUGUAAAGUGUGAUUUCAGGGUAGAGGGCUGCGCAGCCUCACUCUGUGCGUGUCACCGGCCCUUUCUUUGGGGAAAAUGCUCACGGUGGCCCUAGCCUUCCUCCGGGGUUGCAGUCUGUUUCUUCGGUUCUUUGUUUCUGUUUCCUGUUAGCUGCAGACACCUUACAGAAGUGGCAAGUCCAUGUAGUGGGUUGGGGUGGCCAUGGUUCCCGACAUUUGGGUGGAAGCGCGGUUUCUCCUCCCAACCGUGACUCAGGCAGCGAGCGUGUCCAGAGCAGGGUGACACAGAGGCAGCACACGGGCAGGUCGUCCACCCUCAUGGCUCCAAUUAUGCAUACCAUUUCGUUUUCACUGUAAAUAUUGUAUUACCGCGGGAAUCAAGCCAUCCCAGGCUGGGAAAAUGCACACCGGUCGACCAGUUAGCGUGUAGUGUCUGCUGCUUUAGCGUUGCAAUUUUUAUGCCACAGCAUCUUGAGCGGAGAUGGCAGGUUUUUGCUUUUCUUCCAGGGAAGUUUUGUGGGAUCAGUCACAUUGUUGCCUGUAAAUAGAGUUCUCUGCGUGCCUGUGUGUGUGUGAGUGUCCAGCACAAGCUCUGUCCUCUUCUUUCCCCUCUGUGUCUCCCGUUCCCUCAUUCACUUUGUCUUUCCUUUGUAUGUGUAAACAGACCGUUGGCCUACAUGGAUUUUGUUUUGCAAAGUGCUGCAGCCAAUGCAUCAAUGGAUCCUGCUUUGACAGAUUGUGCAGUUAUUUAAAAAGUUUAAGAAGUUGGAUGAUUAAUAAAGAGUUGUUUUCUCGUU